AGAAAAGCAAGGAAAUAGGCUCAAAAAGCAGAUUUUGAAGCCUAUUUUUCCUUGAAAAGUUGAGCAUCACUUGUUCAUAUAGCUGCAUGCCCUGAGUUCAAUUCAUUAUUAAUAGUUUUAACACACAUAACUAAAAUGAAGAUGAUGAUAAGGAUGGAGAUUGAAUGCACAAAGUAUUGUGUGGCUUUGAUUUUAAUGAGGAGCAUUCUGAUUUGUUCAGCAGCGCAGGUGACAGCCAUGUUUGCCUUUGGUGAUUCACUCACAGAUCCAGGGAACAACAACUACUUGAAUUCGUUGGCCAAGGCCAACUACAUGCCUUAUGGGGUCGAUUUCUAUGGAGGCCUGCCUUCUGGAAGAUUUUGCAAUGGCAAAACUUUUGUUGAUUAUCUUGGAGAAUUGUUGGGGCUUCCUGUUCUGCUGCCUUACACAAGUCCUUUUGCAACCGGAAGAAAUGUUGUUAGAGGAGUGAACUAUGCAUCAGCUGCAGGAGGGAUUCUUGAAGAGACGGGCCGACAUCUUGGUGAAAGAUUCAGCUUGUCUGCACAAGUUGUCAACUUUGAGAGCACCUUGAGUGAGGUGAGGAGCCAAAUGGGAGACGAAGAAUUCAGCAAUUAUUUGGCCAAGGCAUUAGUUGUGAUGUCUCUAGGCAGCAACGACUACAUUAAUAACUAUAUGCUGCCUUCAUUCUAUGCGAGCAGCUACAUCUACACCCCUAAUGGCUAUGCCGAUCUUCUCAUCAGUCGCUACACAAGGCAGAUUUUGGCGCUGCGCAGCUUAGGCCUCCGGAAAUUUCUGCUGGGAGGCAUCGGACCUCUCGGCUGCAUCCCUAAUCAGGUAGCCGCGGGCGCUGCUCCACCAGGAAAGUGCGUUGCUUACGCGAAUAAUGUAGCAGCCAUCUUCAACCAGAGACUUCAAUCUCUUGUUGAUGAUCUGAACGCCAAGUAUAAUGGGACUAUAUUUUCCUAUGGUAAUACGUUUGGAGCAUUUGUUGACCUACUCAACAAUGCCAACACUUAUGGAUUUAAUGUGACAGACAGAGGGUGUUGUGGAAUAGGAAGAAAGCAGGGGCAGAUAACGUGUCUUCCAUUUUCUGUGCCUUGCAAUAACAGAAAGCAGCAUAUUUUCUGGGACGCUUUUCAUCCAACAGAAGCAGUGAAUCAAAUUCUGGCUGAACGAGCUUAUUCUGGAUCCCCCUCGGAUUGCCAUCCACUAAAUGUGCAACAAAUGACUCUUAUGUAAAAUCAAAACAAGAAUUAAUGUUGGAUGUAUGAUGGAGUACUUAGAAUUAAGUCUACUCAUUGUAGUAUGCGGCGCCAAUAUAAAUGCAUUAAACACACAAAGUGAAUAAUUGAAUUAUUUACUACU